AUGCCCCGCGGCGCUCUCAUCGUCCUCGAAGGUCUCGACAGGUCAGGCAAAUCGACCCAGGUCGACCGCCUCGUGGCCCAUCUUCAGGCUUCCGGGCGCGACGCGCGCGUUCACAAGUUUCCUGACCGCACCACCUCCAUUGGCCAGAUGAUCAACUCGUACCUCCAGUCCAAGUCCGAGCUGGACGACCACGCCAUCCACCUCCUCUUCGCUGCCAACCGCUGGGAAUGCGCUGCGCAGAUUGAAAAGGACUUGGCCGCCGGAACGACGGUCGUGUGUGACCGCUAUGCGUUCAGUGGCAUUGCGUUCACUGCUGCCAAGGUGCGUCGGGACACGAGGAAUUGGGGUCUAGCUGCUCUCCAGCUGUCCAAGGCGAAUGAUUGUGCAGCUGGGUUGCGUGUCUCCCGAGCUAGCAGUGAGCUAGCGGUGAACUGGUGGUAUUCCCUAGCUCGCUUGACCCCCAUUCUCCCGCCCCUCCUCUCGACACACGCAACCACUGACACGUCCCAGGGUAUCGACUUUACGUACUGCCUCACGCCCGACACGGGUCUUCCACUGCCCGACACCACGCUCUUCCUCACCCUCUCGCCCGAGGUCGCGUCCAAGCGCGGCGCGUACGGCGAGGAGCGGUACGAGACGCUUGACACGCAGACGCGCGUGCGCGAGCAGUUUGCCCUUGUCGGGCGGGAGAUGGCGGCCAGGCAUCCGGGACGCUGGGAGGAGGUGUCUGCCGAGGGCACGAUGGACGCGGUGGAAGCAAAGGUCUGGACGCGGGUCCAGGCCGUGGUGAAGCGUGUGGAGGCGGGUGGGGAGGGGAGCGAGCUGGGUAGGUUGUGGGUAUAG